AUGGCGUCCCCGUCUGAACUCUGUGUUUCUCCCACAGGUCAACAGGAUCAAAAAUUCAUUUCACCUGCCAGCUACUCCGGAGAGGUGUUUUUCUCCGACACAUCCUCCCCAUCCUCUCCAUAUCCAACCGGGGCUUCCAUCUUCGUUUCUCCUCCCUUCUCCAGCACUCUCAAACAUUCCCGCAGCUGGAGCGCCCUUUCCCCACAAGGCCUCCAGCCCCGCGGCGGCGGCGGCGGCGGCCGGGGCUUGAGCUCGGUGGAGGAGAUUGGCGAGUGGGCGGACAAGGAGGUAAAGAGGCCCACUCAUGCCUCCCUCGAGCAUUUGAACUUUUACAAGAGGACCAGACCCACAAGAGACUCCAGAGAGCUAAGCAGCCCAAAGAAACCAGGGGAGACUUUUCCUAAAGCCAAAGAGCAACAACAACACAGUCCCAAAAAGACGGAGAGUCCGGCACAGGACCAAGCACCGAGCAGGAGGAGACCGUCCCAGAAACAGGCAAACACGCGAUCCACCAGCCCCAGGAAACCCGGACUACAGCAGGUACCCUCAACCCUGCAGCGCACAGACCAACAACAACAACAAGGACCUCCAAGGAGAUCCAAAGACUCGUCCAGCCGAGAGAGUUUGGAUCAGGAUAAGAGAAACAGCAAAGGAGGGACAAUCGAGAUCAGACGACCCACUCAAGCGAGGGAGGGCGAGGGGAGGGCCGACAGAACAAGGUCUGUCCGGGAGCAAGUAAGUCCUCAAAGAAGGAUGGUGGGGGACCGGAAUCCUCCCAACGCCGUGAGACAAACGGAGAAAGGUACGAGUAAAGACAUGAGGCAGAGAGACGCCAACGGGAGGAGCAGAUCUACAGAGGACAGGAGCGCAAGGAGGGAGACCAUGAGCAAGAGAGAGUCCCUGCUGUCCUUCAAAGACAUGUUGACCAGGAAGGGCUCGGUGGUUUCGCCCAGAGGAACUGAAGACACGAACCUUUUCUCCAAAGACGCUGGUGUGAGGCAGGACUUUGUGGCCUCUGUAAACAGUUUUCCAGGGACCCCGCAGAGUCCAAAGGGACCUCUUAGCCCUGGCCCGUGGAAAGUGCCCAGCUCAGCCAAAAUCCUCUCGGAGGCAGAAGUCUUUCGUGACCCUUUGUGA